UGACUUCCUUGCUCAUUACUUUGGUCAGAAAAUGAUUGAAUGUUUAAUAGACCAUGGUGAUAGUGAUUUAGUACAUGAACGCUUCAUGUGGAGGAAGUCACCAGAUGACAAGAACAGUAACAUAGACUUCAUUAUUGAAAUACCAGAAGAAUAUUUUGAAUUAUAUUUAGAAAGGUUUAUAAAGGACUGGUCAGCAGGAAACGUGAGAGUUAUAUUCGAAAAUAACAAUAUGAAAAUACCAUUAUUUAGACAACAGCUAUUACAGCACUUAAAACAACUGGACAAAUCACAGCAAGAAACUUAUGCCAGUGCCAAUGAUACAGUGUUACCAAAAGGGCACCAGGGAUCAGGUGAUACCCCACUGAUAAGAGCUUGUUAUCAUGGUUAUACUGAUAUGGUACAGUGGAUGUUCCAAAAUGAUGUGGAUGUGAAUCAAUCUGGAAACGAUGGGGUUACUGGACUGUUCAUUGCAAGUCAGAACGGACAUACUGAUAUAGUAAUGAUGUUGUUAGAGAGGAAUCCUAACAUUGAUCUAUGUCGAAAGGAUGGCUGUAGUCCUCUGCUCUUGGCAAAUCAAAACGGACAUACAGAUAUAGUAAGGUUGCUAUUAGAGAGAAAUCCUAACAUUGAUCUAUGUAGCAAGAGAACUGGCUGCAGACCUUUGUAUUAUGCAAGCAAGAAUGGACAUACUGAAAUAGUAAAGUUGUUGUUAGAGAGAAAUCCUAAUAUUGAUCUAUGUCAAAAUGAUGGAUGUAGUCCUCUGAACAUUGCAAGUCAGAACGGACACACUGAUAUAGUAAAGUUUUUGUUAGAGAGGAAUCCUAACAUUGAUCUAUGUCGCAAUGAUGGAUGUAGUCCUCUGUGCAUGGCAAGUCAGAAUGGACAUACUGAAAUAGUAAAUUUGUUGUUAGAGAAGAAUCCUAAUAUUGAUAUAUGUGACGAAAAUGGCUGGAGUCCAUUGAGACAGGGAAGUGAGAAUGGACAUACUGAAAUAGUAAAGUUGUUGUUAGAGAGGAAUCCUAACGUUGAUCUUUGUGACAAUGAAGGCCGGAGUCCACUGUACAUAGCAAGUUGGGAAGGACAUACUGAUAUAGUAAGGUUGCUGUUAGAGAGGAAUCCUAACGUUGAUAUUUGUGACAAUGAAGGCCGGAGUCCACUGUACAUAGCAAGUCGGGAAGGACAUACUGAUAUAGUGUGGUUACUAUUAGAUAUAGGAAGAAUUGGUAUCUAUUAUGUUGAUUUAUCUGACAUUCAUGGUUUGUAGUCCUCUGAACAACAAUGGAACAAAGCAAGACAGCAAGGACAUACUGAUAUAGUAAGAUGACUUUUACAGAAGAAGCCCUAUG